CUUUUUUAUUAUUACAAGCAUAUUUGAAAGAAUUUCCACAAGGACGAUACUAUUCUAAUAUCUGCUCUAAUAACAUAGGCAUUGAUAUUGUAGAUAAUUCACAUACCAUGAAAGCAGUUAUACAAAGAGUAACAAGUGCUAGUGUAUCAGUAAAUAAUGAGAUUGUUAGCUCCAUUGGACGUGGUUUGUGUGUUUUGGUUGGUAUUUCCCGGGACGAUACGCAGAAAGAUGUAGAAUAUAUUGCACGAAAAAUAGUCAAUUUGAAAUUAUUUUCAAAUGAUGAAGCUCGUUGGAAAAAGUCAGUGAAGGAUGAAAAUCUGGAAAUUUUAUGUGUUAGUCAGUUUACACUUUACAGUAUCCUGAAGGGUAACAAACUGGAUUUCCAUUGUGCAAUGGCACCUGACGAAUCAAAGUCAUUUUAUGAAGGAUUUUUAAGUCACCUAAAAUCAAUAUAUGCAGCUGACUUGGUUAAAGAUGGAGCUUUUGGUGAGUACAUGCAAGUCCAAAUACAAAACGAUGGUCCUGUCACUAUAGAACUUGAUUCACAACCCACUAAAAAGAACGAUGAAUGAGAGAAUACUUGACUGGCAGUGAACGUUCGUAUUCUGCGCAGAGAUACUUAAGUACGUAUACCACUGGCCGCACCCACAUUUCAAGUUAAUUUGGUGUUCCGGCGUAACUCUGAGAAAGUUCAUUUGGAACAGUAGCCUUCAAUUCAAAAUACUUAUGACGUCACGUUCCUGGUGGAGAACAUAGUCAUCAAAGAAGGGAGGAGCAAAAAUAAAUGUUGUGGUAGAGAUCUGAAGAACUUACUUCUGGUAGCAUGUUGUUUCACAUAACCUUUUUCCGUAGUCUUGACAUUUCGUUUACAACGCAGUGUGUUUACUUGUAAGUUAAAUAUAGCAUGAAGUCCUUGUAAUUCCCAUCCCUUUGUUCAUUCAAAAAAAUAUUUUUAACUUUGGUGAUACCAGUAAUGAAGUACUGGCUGCUGUUGUUAUGAAAUUUAGAGUAUAUUGUGUUUUUUGAUACAGUUUUGUGUGAAUGCCAUCUGUUUUUCAGGGAUUAUCAGGAUCCAGCUAUUUUUAAUAUUUAUUCGGUAUAAUAGUUCACUUUCUAUGCUAUUUAAUGUUUUAAUUUUGCGUUGAAAACAAUGGACAUGCUCACUUAUUCCUGUAAAGAGAAAAUGUAAAAAACAGACCGCGGGAGUCAAAUAAAUAUUUGCUAAAAUUGGUGAACUUUUUUUAAAAAAAAAGAGAAUACAGUUAAUAAAUUUAAUUUUAGUGCCAUUUGGAUCAUGCGAGUCCAAAAAAAUCUGUAUGCAUUUCAAUAAAACCCUUUCACCCCAUAUGGUCCUGCUUUAUACCUACAUGAAUGUGUGCGCAAGUACAAAUAUCAGCAAAGUUUCUUAAACAUUUGUAAACAUUGGGAUACGUUUUAUGUCUGUGCGCCUUCUUAAAUUUGACUGGAAAUAUUUGCUAUAAAGAGCUGCUCUAAGCAAGUCACAAAUUUGACGAGCUUUCUUAUUAACAACUCAAAUUAGUUAGUCAGACUCAGUUUUAAGGAGUAAAAUUUAGACUAUCAGGCUGGAGGUCUUAGCUUAAAACAAUAAGCUAUUGUUCAGAACAAUAAAGAGUAAUAAUAAUGACAAGCUUGGUUAGAAUUUUGGUAUUCAUUUAAAAGAAAAGCGUGUAGCGUGUAUAUUGUCAAGGUUUAGGCCUUGGUUGCUUAAAUUUCUGAAUUUAUAGCCUGGCCAGCUGCUUAGGGGCCAUUAAAUAAUUACGUAACACCCAAAUUCGUCAUUUUUUAGUUGAUUUUAUGCAAUACACAUCUAAAAACGAUUUUCAGAAAUGAGGCUGAGAUUAUAGGUACAUUCAUCUGCUACCAAAAAAAUAAAUUUAUAAAUUGAAAGGGUUCCUGUUUGAAAGGACGCUAGCUCUAUAAAUUGUGAAAAAAAACGUGUAUUUUCUUUGUUUUCGCUGUUGAUUUAUAAGCUGUUAAAACGACUUCAUGCACUUGUCUCGAAUAUACAAAUUAGACUCGAUCAUCGACCCUUAGGCGCGUAAAGUUAGUGCGUCAAUUUUAUGUACAGAAGUACAGCUUUCAAUUUGCUGAGUCACCCUUAACGAGACUGUGUCGGUUUUAUGUCGCAAACAUCUGAAGUAAAUUUUUAUCAUUUUUUUUUUUUUGUUCUCGAGGCUUGGUUUGUUUUUUCGACUUUUCACCUUGAAAACAAGUGUCAGCAUUUCUUGAGGCUUGAAAGUUAAGUAAACAUUUUUAGCGAUUUUUUUUUCUGACUCUUUUUUACCGGUAUGGUAUUUAUCAAGUUUUGCACUGGGUCAGAAAAAUUUAACAAGUUUGUCGAAAGCAUGCAAGCAGUCAGGAAAAUAUUGAAAAUUUGAUUUAGUCGCAUAAAAGGAAUUCCUCGGGAAGGUAAAUGAUUUUCUCAGCUCACAAACGCUGUCUUUUUUCUCAUGAAUAUAAUAUUUAAAUAACGACAUUGUCAUAAUUUUGCCGUUGUAAUAUUUUCUCAGGAUAUAAAUAAAAAAUUAUACAUAUAUUAUGUAUUUAUUUUGUAAAA